AUGAGACUCAAACGAUUGGAACUGGACGAUAUUAAUUUGCAGAUCCAAAUAGUGAAUACGAAACUUAGCGUACGUGACGGAGAAUAUAACGAAAGGAAAAAACUUUUACGAAAAAAAACAGAGCAACUUAACAAGAUACGAGCAAAAGUUAGAGAAGUUAUAGCGGCUGAUAAGGAAUUAAGAGACGUCAUCAAAGACAGUAUAACAUGGGAUGAAGAAAUGGAUUACGACAACAACACCAGAGAAGAAGAGUGCACAUUAAUAGUGGAAUUACUAAAGGAGCUGAAGUACGAUCAGGUGGUGCCAGAUAUAGAUGUAGAAGUGAGUGGACCGGCGUCAGGGGAGAAGAUGGACUGCGAGAACAAGUCUGCGGCGGAGAGCGAGUGCAAACAGGACUGUCAGAUCAAAAUUGUCAAAGUAACGAACGUUUAUAAAGUAGCGUACCUCCGACACUAUAUACGACAGAAGAGAUUAAGACGAGCUAACAAACAGGCGAUGUUGAGGAAAAAGAUGGACGACAUAAAGAAAUUAUUGGACGAUUGGCAGAGAACUUUGAACAUGGUCAUCAACAGCAAGGUGCCUCUCAUAAACAUGAACUCGCAGUACAUCGAUAUACCCUCACAAGAAGCCAUGGGAGACUGUUUUCAAACAGAACUUCUACAUCCUAUCAGAUUCAGACAGCGACUUCAGAAACAGCGUUGA